AUGCAAGGUCGUAUCCGUUUCGGCCCCAAGAGAGGGAUCAACACCAAGGCCAAGUCACGCGCCUCGCCGAUCGUCUCGGGUCCACAACCGGUCUGUCAAGCGUAAGUAGCCACCAUCAUUGGAACGGGUUCAUGUAUACCUCGAGACCAGCACUCCGUCACUACGUCACUCCGGCGACGUGCUACUGCACCUAGCCAGCUCUGCAAUUCUGACGAUCCUCCUUUUCGCAACCCCCCGCUCGCUGACCUCUUUUACACCCCCUCCCUUGCCCGUCCAUACACCCCCCCCCCUUCCAACAGUUGUCAAACCCAAUUCAGCCGCUACACUUGCCCCUCAUGCAACUUUCACUACUGCACCCUAACGUGCUACCGCUCCCCUUCCCACUCGACCUGUUCCGAAGCCUUCGAUCGACAAUCCCUCGUCGACGAAAUUCGGUCUUCGGAAGGGACCAGUCGGGAACAACAAAAAGCCAUGAUGGAAAUGUUGAAGCGAUUCGAAGAGGAACAGGGGCAAGAGAAUGAAGAAGAUGCUGAUGAGGUUACGCAGCGUAUGUUGGACCGAUUGGAAGGGGUCGAUUUAGGUGCGCCGAUCUCUUCCCAUCGAUCGGUUGGUAAUCGAGGAUUGAUCGUGUCGGAAGGAUGGCUCACACAGAUUCGAUUGAACCUUCGCAAUUGUUGGAGUACCUCUCCCCGGCUCAGCGCGCAGAGUUUGAGGACUUGUUGCAAGCUUCGACCAAGGUCGAGGCCCUCAUGGAGGCUCAUGAUGAACUGAAGAAGCCGUGGUGGGAAGAGACGGAGGGAGUGGUGGUUGAAGAAGAUGAAGAAAACGAAGAUGAAGAGAACGCGUUCACGAAAAAGACAAUACGACCUGCAAUCCUGCCUCCCGAAUCGUUGCCGCCACUCAAACUCUGCGACGAUGGUCGACCCCUUGUUGGCCCCGGUCUGCUCAACAACAUCGUCGCAGUACUGUAAGCCCUACUGACUAGUCUACAACCUUCUCAGUACUUGACUGGAUUUUUUUUUAUGCUUUCGCUCCCCACAGCCUAGCCUACGUCUACGUCGUUCGCACCUACUCACUCUCGUCCCUCUCCACCCUCAUUCCCUCGACGAUGGACCACCAAGAAGUCUAUCGAGUCCUCGUCCACCUCGUACCAUUCCUCACGACACGUUCAACCUUUAUCUUUUCUUCAAUCAAAGAAGCGAUCGAAAAAGUAUUCUCAACCGAGGGUCAAGAAGACCCCUCGACCAUUUUUCAAAUCACGCAAGACGUAGCACGUUUACUUACGCCUUCACCAGUGAUCAACGUUCAAGAUGAUGAUCAUCAUCCUUUCGUAAACACUCUGGCAGCUUUGGCGGAUUUGAAAGCGUUCUUCGGUUCCGUCACACGAGGGGAGCGGUUGAAUUCGAAAGGGAUCAAGACGGAGGCGAAGCAGGCGUCGAUGAAAUUGCGGUUUUACUACGCUUUCCUCGCUAAAUUGGGCGAGGGCGUUUCGACACUCAGGACACUGGGUGAGGAAGUGGAGAAGGUUGGCAGAGGUGUUGCGGGCAUGUGGGAGAUGAAGAGAGUAGAGAGUGAGAGGAAGGGGAUGGAAGGAAAACAAAGGGGUGCGAAGGUGGUUGGGGAGAGGAGCGGUCCGAUUAUUGAGGAAAUUGCAGAGGAAGAAGGGGAUGGAAAGGUCAAGUGA